AUGGUAUUGGACUUUGACUACAAUGAGAUGUUGGAACUCCCUUGGUUCUUCUUCCCCUUCUCUCUGCACACAGAGGAAGUCCAGGAACCCGCCACCUUAGAGAUGCUGCUAUUUUUGCUGCUGCCGUGGGCUGGGUCUCUGGCUCAGAAAACCAACUAUUGGCUACAAGUGCAAGGCCCAGUGACAGUGGAGGAGGGUCUGUGCGUUCAAGUGCCCUGUACUGCUUUCUACCCUCAACACAGCUUCAAUGACUCUAUCCCUACCUACGGCUACUGGUUCCGGGACAGAGCUAAUGCAUACGUGGAUGAUCCAGUGGCCACAAAUAACCCAUAUAGGAGAGUGCAGCAAGAGACCCAGGGCCGAUUUCACCUCCGUGGAGACCCCCAGAUCUAUGAUUGCUCCCUGGAAAUUGAAAAGGCUCAGAAGGGGGACACAGGAAUAUACUACUUUAGGGUGGAGAGAGGACCUUUGGUCAGAUUUAGUUUCAAAGGUAGCGAACUCUACGUGCGUGUGACAGCCUUGACACAGACACCAACCAUCGACAUUCAGGGAAUUCUAGAAUCUGGCCAUCCCAGGAACAUAACCUGCGCAGUUCCAUGGGCUUGUAAGACGGGGAUGCCCCCUACCUUCUCCUGGAUUGGGGCUGCCCUUACAACGCUGGACCCCAAGACUUCUCAUUCCUCGGUGCUCACCCUCACCCCAGAACCACACCACCAUGGAACCAUGCUCACCUGUCGAGUGACUCUACCAGGAACAGUCCCAGAGGUUUUGGGCAAUGCCACCUCAUUGCAUGUUGCAGAGGGUCAGUCCCUACGUCUGGUCUGUGAUGCUAACAGCAGCCCUAAUGCCAAGUUGAGUUGGUUCCGGGGGAGCCUGGCACUAAGUCCCCCCCAGCGUUGGAAUCCAGGGGUGCUGGAGUUUCCCCACGUUGUUUCUGGGGAUAGAGGAGAAUUCACCUGCCAAGUUCAACACUUGUCACACUCCUACCGCGUUUCUCUGUACCUGGUUGUGCAAGAACAGAGGGGCUCCUGGCCUCUAAUCCUCACCCUACUCCGGGGAGCCAUCAUGGGGGCUGGCUUCCUCUCCACCUAUAUCCUCACCUGGAUCUACUAUACCAGGACUCGCCCUCCAGAACCAAAGGCCCCAAAGAAACCCAUUUGCCCAGUAUCAAGACCAUCCUCACAAGGUCCAGAACCCAAGAAUACUGAAGAGGAGUUGCAUUAUGCUGCUGUUAACUUUCCAGCCCUCAGACCCUGGGGGACCCAGGAACCUAAGGACGCCAACACUGAUCCCGGACCGAUCCUCCCCAACGCCAACGUUGCCACCUUGAGGGCAUCAGAAAAGUUACACCGUCAACAGCGGUCACAAAACAACCGGGAUGAACAACGCAAACACCCGAGCCAAUCAGACCUGCGCUACGUGCCCGGUGUGGGCGGGUCUCGAACGAAUCACCGCUGA